AUGGCAAGUCUCAAAAAGAUGACAACUCGAAGUAUAACCAGAGACAAAGAGGCUGCAGACUGCUCCAGUCUGCAGGGAGUUGAAUCCUUUGCCGUGUGUGACGGGGGACUAUCCUCGAACGAAGAGAAGAAGUUGUUGAGAAAGAUUGAUCGAUGGAUCAUGCCCCUCCUAAUGGUGUCAUAUCUACUUCAAUUUCUUGAUAAACAGACUCUGAACUUUGCAUCCGUGAUGGGAAUGAUUCAAGACCUUGUACGAUUUACUCUACUUGAAAACCCCACCACCUUUCCCGAGUGUAGUAUUUUCUAUCUUGGAUACCUGGCCUUCUGCUAUCCGGCCUCAUACCUCAUGGUCCGCCUUCCGUUAGGGAAGUACCUCAGUGCAACUUGUGUUGUCUGGGCUGUAAUCCUCACAUGCCAUGCGGCGACGUCCAAUUUUAUCGGUCUCAUGGUGGUUCGAGCCCUCCUUGGGGCGGCCGAAGCGUCAAUCUCGCCCGGAUUUAGUCUAACGACUGGGAUGUGGUACAAGCGCUCUGAACAACCACUUCGCCACGGAAUCUGGUUCAUAGGGAAUUCAUUAGCUGUCAUGUUCGGCAGUCUGCUCGCAUUUGGCAUUGCACACAUCAAGCACAGUCUUGCUCCAUGGAGGUGGCUCUUCAUCAUCUUUGGCGUCAUGACUUUAGCAUGGGCAGCCGUCCUUCUCUGGUACUUGCCCGAUGCACCAAACACGGCCAGAUUCCUCAGUGAGGAUGAGCGUAUUCGAGCUGUCGAUCGAAUCCGGAGCAAUCAGACUGGGAUGAAAGACAACCAAUUCAAGUGGAAGCAAGUCUGGGAGGCCAUGACCGACAUCAAAUUCAGCAGCCUGGUGUUCGCAGGCCUCGGCUACAACAGACUACAAGUCUAUUUAUUGCAAAUCCCCCUUGGCGCAGUUCACGGGAUCUUCGCUCUUGGAGCCACAUUCAUCUGUAGCAGAUACGCAGACUGUCGCUGCAUCAUUGCGGGAUCAUUGUGCAUGGUCAGUCUAAUCGGCAGUGUUCUGGUGCGUUAUGGGCCCAACUUGGGAAGUAAUCUACUAGGCUUGUUCGUGUUUGUUGGAUAUGUCGCCGGCAUUCCAUUGAGCUUGUCGAUGAUCAGCUCAAAUGUUGCAGGCUUCACCAAGAAAGCUGUUGCUUCUGCAAUGAUGUUCAUUGCAUAUUCAGCGGGUAAUUUCAUCGGCCCAUUCUUGUUCUUCCCAUCCGAGGCCCCAUACUACGGUAGCGGUUUCCUGGCAACCACGAUCUGCUUUGCCUGUGCUGCGCUGUUCAUCGGCACACUUCGAGUCUUGCUCGCCCGGGAGAAUCAGCGCCGCGAUCGUCUCCAGUCUGCGAACGGCACAGCUCCGAGUAUCGAGUCAACAGAUGACUUUCCCCUGACGAAUGAGACAGACAUGGAGAAUCUGACCUUUCGAUAUGUUCUUUGA